CGGCGCCGCCGUCGCGCGCUCGCGGAUCGCGGCGGACAAGAUGGCGGCGCGGGGCGAAGAGGCGGAGGCGCCGUCGCCGCCGCCGCCGCCCGGUCCCGGCGGGGGAGUUAACGUUUUCGCUAACGACGGGAGUUUCUUGGAGCUGUUCAAGCGGAAGAUGGAGGAGGAGGAGCAGCAGCGCGAGCGCGAGGCGGCGGCAGCGGCGGCGGCGGGGGAGGCCCCGGGGCCCGGCCCGAAGAGGACCGGGAGCGGCGCCGCCCUCAGCUUCGUGGGUCGGCGGCGCGGGGGCAACCGACUGGCCCUGAAAACCGGCGUGGUGGCCAAGAAACAGCGGACAGACGAGGAGGUGCUAACGAGCAAAGGGGACGCGUGGGCCAAAUAUAUGGCGGAGGUGAAGAAAUACAAAGCGCAUCAGUGCAGCGACGACGACAAAACCCGACCCCUCGUUAAAUAGGGGUGUGUGUCCCCCCCCUUUGCCCCCCCCUCCUCCCUCACAGCGCUAUUUAUGGAGGGGGGGGUUCAAAUAGGGGGGUGACCCCCCCCUUUCUUUCUUUCACCCCCUUUUAUAUACCGAGAGCCCCCGGCCGGGAAAAAGGACUUGACGCCGGCAAAGCCGCCCGCCGGGAUCCAGGGGGGCCCCCCCUGAACCCCAGGAUCCAUUUGGGGCCCCCCCUCCCUCCAGAUCCAUUUGGGGCCCCCCCCUCCCGGGGAAAAAAAAAAAAUGGGGGGGUUUUUGGGGUGGAAAAGGGCAAAAAUGGGAGCGG